GCAACAGCAGCCAUGGAAGAAGCAUCCACUCUCGAUUGUUUCUUCAAGAUGUUCAAGUGCAUUGCUGUUCUUCUCGUGGCUGCUGUUGCUGUUAGCAACGCAGUACCCAUCGGUAUCUAUCGUGGCGCAUACGGUGUGAACCCACUAUACAGAAACACUUUAAUCAACGACUACUACCCAAGAAACAUCUUCGGAGGCUACCCAUACUACAAAAGGUUCGAUCUCGGCUAUGGUGAUUACGAUGACUGGUGCGUAACUGGAGACUGCGACAUCUACAACACUUUCGGAACCUACGGAACCAUUGAUGACUUGCACCGCAGAGAAAUCAACGACAGAUUUGUGCCUGAGGUCCUCAGGAAAUACACCAGUGGAGGCAAAAUCUACGAUGUCGUAAAGAAGAACCAACUGGGAGACGUAUUGGAACUGAACGAUAAACACAAGCUUGAAAAUGUCCACCUCUUGGCUGGCCAGAACACCGUACGUGACCUCUUGAACGAACAACAAGAGAAAGUUUUGGAAGACAAAGAGAUCCUGGACCGUCUGAACCUGAAAGAACAGUUGGACAUGGAGAAACAAAAGGAAAAGCUCGCUAUCAUGCAGAAGAUCCAGAAAGAACAGUUGGACAAGGUUCACGCUAUUGAAGAUGCCAAGAUCACUGGAAUGGUACCAGAUGUAACCUACAUGCGCAACAUCUACGGAGUUCCUCCAUACACCACAGGAUACGGUUACAACGAUGUGAGGACCGGUAUCUUCAGAGGCAUCUACUAAGAGGACGAUACUUUUUUUGUUACCUUGAGAUUUGUUGACUGAUUCAAUACAUGUUUUUUGAUUA